AUGUACGAGGAUCACUGGUAUGAAACCUUCCUUCUCAAAAGACAAAAACCUUGCGGCCCCUCCUCGGGCCGGUACCGCCUCUCCACCCGCUCGGACCUCUCGCUGGGCUCCCGCAGCAGCCAGCAGCCCGGGCCCCACCACCCCGGCGGCGGGGCCAAGAGCUCGGCCACUGUGAGCCGCAACCUCAACCGCUUCUCCACCUUCGUCAAGUCCGGAGGGGAAGCCUUCGUGCUGGGCGAGGCCUCCGGCUUUGUGAAGGACGGAGACAAGUUGUGUGUGGUGCUGGGCCCCCGGGGCCCCGAGUGGCAGGAGAACCCCUACCCCUUCCAGUGCUCCAUCGAGGACCCCACCAAGCAGACCAAGUUCAAGGGCAUGAAGAGCUACAUUGCCUACAAGCUGGUACCCAGCCACACGGGGCAGCAGGUGCACCGCCGCUACAAGCACUUUGACUGGCUCUACGGGCGCCUGGCGGAGAAGUUCCCUGUCAUCUCUGUGCCCCACCUGCCCGAGAAACAGGCCACAGGCCGCUUCGAGGAGGACUUUAUCUCCAAACGUCGCAAGGGCCUGGCUUGGUGGAUGGACCACAUGUGCAGCCACCCGGUGCUAGCUCAGUGCGAUGCCUUCCGACACUUUCUCACCUGCCCCAGCACUGACGAAAAGGCCUGGAAGCAGGGCAAGCGCAAGGCCGAGAAGGAUGAGAUGGUGGGAGCCAAUUUCUUCCUGACCAUCAGCAUCCCCUCUGGUCCUGGUGCUGCCUUGGAUCUACAGGAGGUGGAGAGCCAAGUGGAUGGCUUCAAGAGCUUCACCAAGAAGAUGGAUGAGAGCACCAUGCAGCUCACCCACACCGCCAAUGAAUUUGCCCGUAAGCAGGUCACUGGGUUCAAGAAGGAAUACCAGAAGGUGGGGCACUCCUUCAAGGGCCUCAGCCAAGCCUUUGAGCUGGACCAGCAGGCAUUUUCUGCCAAUCUCAACCAGGCCCUUGCCUUCACCGGGGAAGCCUACGAUGCCAUUGGGGAAUUUUUUGCAGAGCAGCCCCGACAGGACCUUGACCCCGUGAUGGAUUUGUUAGCACUAUAUCAGGGGCAUCUGGCCAACUUCCCAGACAUCAUUCACGUCCAGAAAGGAGCCCUUACCAAAGUAAAGGAGAGUAAGAGGCAUGUGGAAGAAGGGAAGAUGGAAGUCCAGAAGGCAGAUGGUAUUCAGGAUCGCUGUAACAUUAUUUCUUUUGCCACCUUGGCAGAAAUACAUCAUUUCCACCAAAUUAGGGUGAGGGAUUUUAAGUCACAAAUGCAACAUUUCUUAAAACAGCAAAUACUUUUUUUCCAAAAAGUGACACAAAAAUUAGAAGAAGCCCUGCACAAGUAUGACAAUGUUUAAUCUCCUAACUUUGAAUUGUGGACUGUUCACAGUAUGUGAGUGAUUUAAGCAGCAGAGUAAAAAUUGCUGUUGCCAACUGUUGGUGGUUCAAGAAUGAUUUUGUGUUCAUCUGGAGUCCCAGCUGAAUCUCUAAGGAAGGAAAAGGUUAAUAUGGCUGUGUAAUAGAAACAGUACCACACAUUGUAACUAAGUUAUACUGUUUAUGCCUACACUACCAUUGUAACUUUUUUGAAAUAAUGAUUAUACUCUUUGCCUUAUUGCUUUUUGAAGUAUGGUAUUUUAGUGCAUACUUUGUAGACCUCAAAACCCUUUGGGUCUUUAAGGAAGCUGGCUAGGUAAAAGCCUGCUUCAGAUGCCUUUUUAUUCUCCUACAUUUGGAUUUCCUAAAUUUACAUCUCUGUUUACAAACUCCUACUAGAGCAGCUAUGCGACUUUGUGCCUUUAGACUUUUGAUUUUUCCUUUUCUAGUAAGCCACAUUUUUAUGACUGAAUGAAGGGUUGAUGCCUGUGACAGGAACGGAUUGUGAAAUCUCAUACUGAAUGAAAUAAUGAGCUGCCGCUGUCUAAGUGGCACAGCAAAUAUUUUCUUGACAAAUGUUGGCUGAAAAAGCAGGAUUUAAAAUCAAUUCACCCUUUCCUAGAAUUGAAAAUAAAGACUAUUUAUUACAUGUAUGAGAACCUUAACCAUACAAGCAAAGAAUUCAGUAUCACUGUAUUCCCUUUAUCAUGAUUACAUAGUGAGUGGUUUUAUGUUAGAAUACAUUCAUUCUCCGAGCCUCUACUCACAGUAAUCUAAAAGCAGAGGAUUGAAAUGUAUCAAGGGAAUGUGUAUACAGGCUAACUCACAUUUAUUUGUUUUGCUGGAGAUGGUUUGGCUAUUGGUUCAGUGUAAAUUCAAAUACAGACCUAUAUGGUCAAUUGAGACUCUACUGUGAUUUACUGGUUUACUAAGUCACAAAUUUUCAGGGAUGUUCAAAGGUAUAAAUGGUUUGAAAGCACCUUUGGCUGAACUGACUAGGAAACGAGAAGCAUUUCUUGUAUUUAUAACACCCAAGUCUAAAUUAACUAUUGUCUUUUUUGUAUAAUGAUUUUUACAAAGUUGAGUGUGUAUGCACACAAAUAUGGUCUUAAAAUAACAAUUUUUCUGAUCUAAACCAAGGAAAUCAGUCUAAACUUUAUCCUUAACCUGUCUGUUCACUUUCUAUAGAUCACUAUGAGAGAGCUUUUCCUUUAUCUUGUCUCCUUCCUAUAAACAAAAAAAUGCUCCAAGGAAACAGAAUUCAAUUUACACACAUGAAAAAUAGUAAAGAUAAAUCUUGAAACAAACAAAAGGUAGGAAACUAGGCAUUCAAGUGAUAUAGUUCAGAUGGAGAACAAAAUAUUAACUACCUAUACUAUAGAAAUCCAUUAGUUUUCCGACUGGAUUGUGCCAACUUUAAUAGGCAAAAAAACCACUACGGCAAGAUGGAGGGGAGGAAAAGGACCAUUUUGAUAAGAUUUAUUGCAACAUUUUUUUGGAUUUCCCUGCACUAAUGGUUAACAAGGCUGUUCCAGGAGGAGCUUUGCUGAUAGCAGUGAUGGCGAUAAAGAAAAAAAAAAUCACUGUUUGCUAAAAUAAAACGGCAGCCAAUAAGGAAAGCAACUGUUUACAAGCUUUUUACAGAAUUGCAAACAACCUUGAGGAAAUAAAAAUUACUUGAUAUUAAAGCUAUAAUGCUGACAUGUCUUUAACCUUCCUCAUAGUACCUCACUGUAAGGGUGGGGGUUUCUGAACAAUAGCUGAUCUUACUCCCAGAUAUGGUUUACUACUUAGGACAGUUUGCAGGGGUUGAUUUGGGGUUUUAACCCUGUGCUUGGUUAAGCCAGAGACUUUUUAAUAAAUAGAUGGUAGUUAUAUGAGGUUGUAAUCCAGUUCAUUCCAGCUGAGCAGUUAAAAGAUUUUUUCAGAAAAUUACCUUGGUCCAAUUAAAGUUUUAAGAACUAACAUUACUGAAAUGUUCAUAUCAAAAGUGAAAAUGAAGUUAUUAUAUGUAUACCAUACAGCAUUAUCAGAAUGGUACAAUUUCCCCCAAAUAAACUGUCAUGCCCUUCCUCUCA